AUGUGCAUAGUUUUUCACCAAGUAAAAUAGUUUCAUUUACAAGUAAAAUUCAUCAUUCAUUGUCAGUUAGACAAGUUCAUUACUAUGGAAUAAAACAUAUCUUUCAAUAUUCAGACGUCACUUGACAGCCUGUGCAGCUACGAGUAAGUUGCAACAAAAGCAUACGAAAUAACUAGCAGUUAGUUAAACACGAAUCAUCCACGAUAAUGAACAACAAAUUUAUUUUGUGUUGCGUGUUGCUAAUAACCAUAGGAGUAUUCUAUUUAAGAUAGUGUGAAGCAAAUGAAACUUGUGAUGUAUUGUUUAACAAUCAAGUUUUAACCUCUGUAAGUAAAUUUUAUUGAUAAUUGUCAUCACUUUCUCGUUAUACUUAAGCAAAUUUUAUAUUUUUCGAAACAGCAGUUAUAAAAAAUAUUAUUUACAUACGAAUUAUUGGGACUCAUAGAAAUCAUUUAUGACGUAAUAAUUUUCCUAAAGUUUUGACAUUUUAAUUAAUUUAAUUACUUUAUUACUUUAUUUAUAUAUUUCUAUGUAUUUACUUUUAUUCCUAGACAACUAAAAUCACGUAUAUAUAUAUAUAUAUGUCGUGAGCAUUUUUUUAGACAGAAAUUGCGCAAAAAGCGGGAUAUAUAGCCGAAACUUAUGAAGUUGUCACACAGGAUGGGUACAUCUUGCAAAUGGAUAGAGUAGCUGGAUCGAAGAAAUGUCUUCCCCGACCAAGCAUACGACGUAUGGCUGUAUAGCCAAUGUGCGCGGUAACAGAUUCUCGCGGAAACACUUUAACCUGACCGCUUCAGAUGCAGAAUACUGGAUGUUCAGGGUGGUGCCUUGUUCUUUGGCUAGCAAACGACCAGAGUAUCAAGAGAAAGUUAUCGCUCUUCCUGCUUUAGUUCCAGCAGUCUUCAUGUCUACAACAGGAACUUCUCUUUUCCGGAUGCUGUGCUUUGUAGCCGAUGACAACUUGAUAUUGAAUUUUUUGGGCAUAUAUCAGUUUAAGCUAAGCAGCACAUUUCUACGUAUGCUUGGGAAGAUAAUAUGGCCUGAGCAAUCACUUCUGCUGCCAGUGAGUAAACGCAUCUUUGACCUAGCUUUUAGCUACGACGGAAAUUUUAUAAGGCAAGCAGGGGCAAAUAAUAAUACAUUAUUUAUUAAUUAAUAUUUACAUGUACUAUAUUUCAACUGAACUUGAUUUGAAUUCAUAGUGUGUUGCUUCUUGUUUCGCAAUACGAUCCUGCUGGCGCAUCUAUUAGACAAUUUGCACAUUAUGAACAAUCGAUUCAAUCAGGUUAACAUUUAAUAAUCAAACAUAAAGGUGAAUAGAAUUUUAUAAAAUUUUUCUCACGUUGUAUUCUUUUCUUUCAGGCAAGUUUCGCAAAUGACUAUGGCGUUGCCAAUAACAUGAAAAAAUAUGGCCAGGAACAACCUCCUGAUUAUAAUCUCGGCAGUGUCUCGGUAUCAGUGAAUUUGUAUUACCAAUGAUGUAGCUGCCACUCCUCAGAUUUGUAUAGCGUCGAUAUAACGAAUCUUCAGUUGGUCUUGAAUUUUUUAAUAUUUUCUUCCCUGACAAUUAUUUUACGAGACAUUCAGGAAUUGUAUGAAACAUUACCCAAUGGUCAAAAAUCUUUGAUACAAAUCGACAAUGUCGCGCACUUUGAUUUCCUAUGGGGAAACAAUGUAAACAUUUUGGUAUACGAUAAAAUUCUGAAUUUCAUGAAACAGCAUAGAAAAUAAAUAUCAAUAAUUACUUUGUAAUAAUUUUUAUAAUUAUUAUAAUAAAAUAAUUUUUUAUAUUUUGUACAAGUAAUUUGCGUUUAAUAUCCGCUUUUUUGUUACAAAGUUGUUAUUGUUUGUAUUAAUAAAGUUAUAAGUGAACGCUAGUUUUCUUUUGCCGCUCUUUCAUUACAACUUUCUAUCCAAUAUAAUAUUAUAUAGAAAUAUAUACGUUUUUUAUACUGUACAGAAAUAUAUUUAUUAAUAUAUCUUGAAGGGUAAUGUUUGAAGCUAAAAUUUUAUAAUUGAUGUCCCUUACUUUCUCCUCUCUAAUAACUCAAGUAUUCAUAUCGAUAUGCCACCGAGGAAUUUCUGGACCAGGACCGAAUAAAUUUGAAAAACCAAAUAUUUCUAGAGUGCAGUUGUCAUGGUACAGCUUUUUCAUUCGUACAGUUUCCUCUGUAGAAGAUUGUUUGAACCUAGCCCUAGAUAAAUGUGUAUCUGUUUUACUCUUUCUAUAUACAGUCUGUAGAUGAAAAUCACACAAAUAUCUGAUCGAUCGUGGCAAUAAACGAUAUUUUCUUCGAUAUUUUCGUUAUAAAGCUUCUUAAUAUAUAUUUAUAACAAAUUCCUCCUUUUUCAAUUGAAAGUCUCACUCGAUGAUUUUAUAGAAAUUUUACUGAUAAUAAAUAGGGAGUCAAAUUUUUUAGGCAACAUAUUUUUAUUUAAAUUAUAUAAUACGUGGUAUUUCACGAAAACCUGGCCACCCAAAUAUCUUUUCUAUUAGUGAUAGUACAGAAAUCGUUUCUGAUGUAACUUAAACUGGUUCAAGAAAAUAGGAUGGAAGAAUCUUUUUUUUAAAUAUCAUUUUUUAAUGUUUCUUUCAAGAUUAUUGGUAUUUUUAUGUAGGAAACUUGUAUUUUUUUCUAUUCUAUCAGCUCAUGAAAAAGUACAUUCUCUAUUUGAGAAUCUACGGUAAGUGAUGUUGCGUCUUCGUUACAUCGCGAUUUACUAGGUUAUAUAUUUAUUGUUACGGAAUUUUUUUUUUUGCUUGUGGUUCAUUUAUUUGCAGUGUCUGGGAUUUGCUGAUCCUUUAACCUGCAUAAAAAUGAUGGGGUCAGUUGAAUGGAUACCUUUUGGAGAGAUAGCGUGUUGGUGGGGAAGAAGGAAAAAUUUCAAAAAACUUGCAUAUUUUUGUUCAUUUCUUUGUGAAGUGUGAUUCUUCUCGGGUUUAUAUUGUGACAUUGCGUGUUUUUCGGUAGUCUUUUCUUGAUUUUUAAGAAAGAGAGUGGUAUCUCGUCGACGUUUCGUCGUUGUAAUUUCCUACUUGGCUGAUCAGUGGAUUUUGGUACUCUGAAUAGACGGUUUCAAAUGAGUUUGCAAUAUGAUCUUGAAUUAUUUGUAAAUUUGUUUGUAAAUUUGCUGGUACGUGAAAUACGCUGACGGGUUUUUCGUACGGUUUGUAAAGGAUGACGCAUAGGAAUUUAUUUUGAAUUUCUUGGAUCUUGCAGAUGUGAGACUUUGUUGCCCAGAUUUGGUGGCUAUAUGUAUUAGCCUGACGCAUAUUACAAGUGUAGUUCAAUAUUGGUUCCAAAUUUGCUGUUUUUAGAGAAUAGCAGGUAUAGUCUUUUGAGGGCGGGAUAAGCCAAGUUUGCUCUUUUAGUUAUCACAUAGGUCCAACUGAUUUUUUUGUCAAGCAAAGAUUUUGAACAAUUCUAUUUUCUUGGCGGCCUGUGGUGGGAAAGAAGUUUACAGCUCUUGGAUCAGAGCCUUAACGGCGAUUCAAGCUUCAAAAUAAUUAGCAAAACAAUAGUCGCAACAGACUCGCAGAUCAGCGAUCAAAACAUCUAACAAAUUAAAUACAAUUUUUUUCCGAAACGCUAUACUCACAUUAAUAUUACUCACAUUAGUAUAAAUUAACAGCAUAAAUUAUUAUUUAUAUUAAUAUUAGGAUACUAAAUAUUUAA